UCGACCUUCCCCGGGUAGAUAACAAAAAUAUUGCGACGCCUUUGAAUUUAUAUCGCUUUCUAUUAAAAUGAAGUAACUCAUAGAACUGAAGUAUAGUGUAGUAAAAACCUAAAGUGUUUGUCAUUAGUUUAAAAGGAACCACAGUGAUGCCUCCUCCUGAAACAAUAUACUGUGCCCAGCAGAUCUACAUACCCUCAGAGCUGCCCAAUAUUUUAAAGCAGUUCACUAAAGCUGCUAUUAGAACGCAGCCACAUGAUGUUCUGCAAUGGGCUGUUGCCUACUUCUCAGCACUGUCAAAAGGUGAGCCUCUACCAGUUAAGCAGAGGCUAGAAAUACCAGUGGCAACACAGAAAACAGACACGGGACUUACACCAAAUCUUCUGAAGAACCUUCAUCAACAGUUUGCAUCUAAAGAAAUCAUCACAAAAGAGGAGCUUGUUAGGACGUGGAAAGGCCUGUGCUUGCCUAUUGAACAGCUUGACACAAUCUCUGCCCUUGGUAACUUCAGUGAAACUGUAAAUUGGAUGCAGUUUUUUGCCUUAGCAUGCAGUGCUUUGGGAGGGACCAUCAUAACCGCCUUGAAACAUGCAUGUGAGAUUUUGACGGAGGCCCCCGAGGGGGCAGCAGCCCAGAUUCCAUUCAGCACAUUUCAGAGUCUGUACACAUACCUGGCCCAUCUGGAUGGAGAAAUUCCAGAAGAACAGAUUGACAGCUUCUUGCACAGCCUUCAGGAGCAUGCAGAUCAACAAGGAGGAAUGGUGCAACCUUCACAUAUUACAGGCCCGUGUGACACUGCCUGAGAGUCCAGGACGGAUGGCCUUCAUAUGCCAACAACAUUCUUGUUGAUGCCUACCGCACUACAGUACAUGCUCGAACGCUGUAAAAUACUCUGUGUUGAUCAUGUGUUCUGCCUGCUUUAUUCCGUAUAUCGAUGUGAUUUAAACCUUAAUAAAUCUUCCAAAUCUCACACGUAGCUUGUCCGGAAUGGUGUAGCAAAAGUGAAAGCGAAUGAAGAGGUAAAGUCUGUUUAUGAGUUUGAUUCGUGUGAUGAGCUUGCUUUCACUUUUGACUGUGACGUAAGUUUCCUGUUUGGGGUUUUCUAAACACGCCACUAACCUGUGGGGUUUUCUUGCGAGUCUUUCCAACACUGUUGUGGCCACAUGUGUGUUACUUCAGUUA